GCUAACGUUGACGUCCCAUUUGCAAAUUUACGCCGCUACUCAAUGGCAGCGUCGCUGAUGCUGCCUAAAAACGCAAACUUGAACAUCGAGUGUAUCGUGCAAGAGCAAACGAAAUUGCGAAACUCUACUGUGGUAGACUCCUCUUUCGCGAUGGACGACCCUAAAGGUUCCCCACCGCAACACCCCUCCACGCAAUCACUCCAACGACUUGCAAUCAACGUAUCCUCGAAUCAGUGCGUUGUGAAAUUUGCCUCGAAAAAUCAGAACAGUGAGAUGGACUUCAGCAACCCCGGCCCGUCCAAUCGUAAAGGCACGUCAGUGGACCUCAUCCAGUACUCGGCCACGACAUCCACGAUCUCCAGCCCCACCCCGGCCUCCGUGGGUGGCACCACUCCAACGGUAGAGCGCGAAUCGUAUCAAAAGCGGAGAAGUCUACGGUCCAACUCGCUUGUUGAGAGGAGACAGCUGCGGAAGUUCUCGCGUCAAGCCUCAGUGGUGCAGGAGAGUGCGCUGAGGAACUCUACCCUCAAAGCUUUCAUUGUCGUCUUCCUCACCUUCGGGGCCUUCAUCAUCGCGUGGACCCCUUUCUUAGUGCUGGCUGUACGCUCCAUUGGGCAGCCUGACAAGGUCUCAGACACGGAGGGGUCGAUAGCCUUACUCAUCGGCUCCCUCUCAUCAAUAACAGACCCCUUCAUCUACGGCCUUAUCAAUCAACCAUUCCGAAGCGCCGCCAAACGGAGAAUUCUUCGUCGUUUCUUUAACAUUAUCGCCAUGGACAUGUAGCACAUAAAUGCCGACUACCAGACUUGACACACACUCCACCGACAGACUUUUGCCUAAUGAAUUUUUGAGCUUGAGUACAUCAGGCGAACAAGAACUAAAUCUUAUCUGGCAAACUAGACAUACAUUUUAUUUGGCCAACAAGAAGUUGACCGUAUCUGGCCAUCGUUGAACCAGACACUUUCUGAUCCAGCCUCCGCACAUAACUUAUGUAGCCUCUUUGUGAAAGCCAGGCAGAUCUUUAAAUAUUGUUGUGGUGUUUUCUAGAUUCAUGUGAUUGUGACCUUUGUAGUGGUGUUUUAUUUAGUUUCAUGGUGUUCUAAUGUCAUAGUUUGCUGGUGUAUGGCUACAUUAAAUUUAAACUACUACUUCAUUGCUUGUGAUAUAAAAUCAGGAAGUGUUUUAAUGUGCUACAACCGAUCCUUGAAUAUGCUUACAUACACACACAACACACUCUCACUCAGACCAC